UACGAGUUACGACGAAGCGAAAUCAGACACACAGUUUGUUGCACUUGCACACCGGUCGAUUUCGUCGGAGUCGUUUGUCUUUAUUAGUUCAGUUAGAAAAUUUUGUAAAAUUCAUCUGUAUUUUAUCGCACGUGGUUGGUUUUUCUCGCUGAUUAUACACCCGUCGAGAGAUUCACCAUGAGCUGCAGUUUUAAUGGUCAAACGAGCAAAGAUGAGGAACUUACCAUUAUGUUUUCAGAGGCGAUGGAUUGGCAAAGUGUUGCAACAAAAUCAUCAGAAGAUGUUGUUAUUUAUCCAGUUAAUGGAGGGCACCGUUCUGGUAGCUCACAGAUCAAAGUUAAAAAUAUAGUUGAUUCAUCAUGGGAUAAAGCUUUCCACUGGGGAAACCUGGUUGCCACUCAUUACAAGGGGCAAUAUUUUGCAUAUGCACUGACAGUCCCCGGAAAAUCAGCUGGCAUGGUUCGAGUGAUAAGAACUGGGAGCAGUGAUAGAAUCCUAUUAAAGGGAUUCCAUGGCUUUGUUCGAGACCUGUCUUUUGCGUUCCAUGAGAAAAGGAUACUUGUGGCUGCUGUCGAUGAAUAUAGUUACCUUCUCGUCCAUGAGAUCAUUGGAUCAACUGCUCAAUUGAUUUUGCAAGUGAAUCCCGAUGGAAUUACUACUGCCACCGACUGCCAUCGUGUAGUCUGGUGUCCCUAUGUCCCAGAAAAUCCCAAAACUCUAGAUGAAUUGAGUGAUGGUUUGAGAAAUGAUGCUGAUGAUCAUGCAUUAAUGCUUGCAGCGGUACAUGAUUGCCGUGUGGAAAUAUGGCAUCUGGGUCAUAUCAAUGGAACAGUCACCUACCCCAGUGUGACUACUGGAUCCACUCAAAUUACCUCAUUUGAUGAUGCUGUUGUUGAUGUGGCAUUUUCUCCAGAUUCAACAGCAAUUGCUGUCGCCAGUUUGGAUGGCUACGUCAGAUUCUUUUUGGUCAAUAUUAAAAAGGAAAUUCCAAAAAUUUUGCACAAGUGGCAACCACAUGAAGGAAAAAGACUCUCAGGCAUUAUUUUCUUGGACAAUCUCAGUCAUCCAACUAUCAGAGAAUGUCCGCUGUGGAAGUGGGCAGUCACAUCCGCGGAAAACAACACAGAGUUUAAGCUAUGGUCCUGUGAAUUGUGGAAGUGCCAUCAGACGAUCCGUUUCAAAUCGGAUGAUUCUAUUCCCAUUAUCCAAAAAAUGACACUCGACUUGUCGGCUUCAUUCCUUCUUAUUUCCGACAUUCAUCGCAAGGCUUUGUACGUUAUGCACAUAGAACAGGAGCCAGAAGAGAGGAAUCCGCUCUCUGAUGACGGCGAAGUACCUUCCAAAUCGGAAGAACGAACCAUCUCGAAAGUGAGCAGCAUCACUCAACUCCUGUUGCCUUUCUCAGCCAUUAGUGUUGCCAUCCGGGAAGCUUCAAUUAGGCCACCUUCCCAGCCAUUGGGUGACGAGGACUUUGAUGGAGAUGAAAAGGCCAGUAAAGUGAUAAUGAAGAUGUUCGUAGUGCAGCCCAAGUCGCUGCAAAAGUGCAAAGCAGUCUUUGAAUUGGGGACUUCGGUCCCACUGGGCGAGGCUAUUGGAACCUCCUUCUCCACCAUCAACACCACGUCGGAGUAUGAACCGGUGAAUGUAGUCAAAACAGCAUCCGCUACCAACCACAUCAACCUGUUGACACCCGACGCGUUCGUCUCUCCAGCCAAAACCAACACGGAUUCCUCAUCUCAAAAGCAAUUGAUUGUGACUUCACCAGGCACCGUGAGUCCCUUGCCGCCUGCAUCAGGUGAGAUCCUGGCCCUUUCAAGCCCACGACGACCGACACCUGAGGUUACCUCAUCAACGACGCCGAAGCGGAACGGCAUUCCCAGUGGGGGUAGCAGCCCCAGUCGCGAAGUAGAAGAAAUCCUGGGAACAAGACCUAUGACGGAAGGCUCGAUCGAGUCACCCGAUACCUCUUCCGCCACCGUGCCUACAGGUCCAGCCCUUCAAGACGCCUUAUCGGCCUAUCCCAUUUCGUUAUCGCCGGCUAUGGGUCGCUCAGCCUCGGUCAACAGCAAAGGACCAUCCCCCAUCAUGGAUAAAUAUAACGCACCAACUGUUGAGGAUCCGCUAUGCACUUACCCUACUUCCGCUGUUGCAGCUCCUACUCCUUCCUCCGUAUCUGCGGAUUUAAACGGCAGUUUGCUGGAAUUAUUUAAAGAAGCCCUUGUCGUUGAAGCUUUGCCAGCGCAAGCAGCGUGGCCGUCCGUUCUUCCGCCACUCAACGUUCAACAACUACAACGGCCCAAAGAGCCGCCAGUGCGCGAAACGGAUGCCGGAAAUUCUGCUCAGAUGCAAAUGAUGCAACAGACACUGGACCAAUUGGUUCAGCUCGUCUCUGCUCAACGCGCAGAACAACAACAACUGAAGAGCGAGAUUGGUCAGUUGAAGGCGGAAAUGACUCGGAUGCACUCACCGGAACCCAUCCAGCCUCCAUGGAUCGCUCAGAUGGAAUCCACUUUGGCCGUUUAUUUCGAUCGCCAGACUAAAAAGUUGGACGAAGUUAAUUCUCCGGCAAAAACCCAACAAUCCGUGUCGAAACUUCAGUCGACGAUCCGAUCCGAAUUCGAGAACAAGGCGCAUACACUGGAGCAACGAAGUGUUGAUUUUAUCCGCAAGGAAUUGCAAUCGGUCAUUGCGACGGAGAUGAAUAAACUGGAACCGUUUUUGAAAAACUCUACGAUGCAAAUGAUGAGCCAUUUGUCGCAGAACAAGUCCAUCAUCGAUGCGUACAGCCAAGCUACUUCGACGGCGGCCGUGUCGGCCAUGAAUCGCGGCUGCAAGGAUGCCAUCACGUCACAGCUGCUUCCGUCGCUGGAAGUCUCGUUCCAGACACUCUUCGCCCAGCUGCACAACACUUUUUCCAAGGGGAUCACCGAGUGUGAGCAUUCAUUUAGAAAUGACUAUUCAGAAAGGAUUUGCGUCACUCGUCACUUCAAUAUGAAUAACGUUACCUUACCAGUCGUACGAAACAUCGAGAGCAACCUGGAACGACACCGCAGGCUGCAAGACAAGGAAUCGGCCGUUCAACUCAACGCCACCAUGGAUAAGAUUGCCGUCGUUUUGGACCAAGUCCGGCAGUCGAUUUCGUCCGAUACCAAGACGGAAUUGAAGAAAAUCUCUCACGAAUUUCCGGAGAGGGUUCGUGUACUUUUGACUCCUGUGAUCCAGUCCGAGAUGCAACACGCCAUCAAGGAUCAGAAAGCGGCUCUGGACGGUGCCAUGUUGGCAGUUCACCAAGCCGCCCAAAUUCAAUCGCGCGCUGUGACGCCAGCGGUGGUGGAGCUGACGCCAGCCGAGCAUCAAAUCCAAUUGAAACACAUGAUUGACCAAGGACGAUUAUUCGAAGCUUUCCAGAGGGCGCUCUACAUGAACGACUUGAGUAUGGUAACGUUCGUUUGCUCAAAAGUCGAUGCCGGUAAACUCUUCGCCUCGGAUCCUUGCGUCUUCCCACCACAAAUCCUUUUGGCGUUGAUCCAGCAACUAUCUGCAGAUCUUGGCUCGUCGACUGAAUUGAAAUUAGAAUAUCUCCAAGAAGCACUCUUGGCUGUGAACACUCAAGAUCCGCAGAUUAAGGAGCACGCACCCAAGGUGAUGCCUCAACUGGUGGUGAAUUUGCAUGCCCAGCUGGCCAACAAUCUUAGUGUCACACUGCAACGUCAAUUGCGCAUGUUACUGCGCUGUGCCGAGCCAUUGGCUUCAGCCAAGUAGGACCUUCUUUUGAAGGAGCAACAAAAUACCAACAACAGGUCCUUCCUUGAAAAAAAAAAAUAACAGCGAUGAAAUGGUGCGCAUUUCUUUCCUUCCCAGAUUUUUGAUUUCAUUAAUUUUUUCCCCGAUGCGUGUCUAGCUACUCUCAAUUUUCCAUCCCAAGCAAAGUUCAAUUUUCCCUUUGCCAAUUUAAAAAAGAAACAUUACUUAAUCUUUUGAAGAAAAACCGAAGCAGCUUGAUAUGAUCGUGACUUGAUAAUUCUUUCGGUUCGUUUUGUUGUGUUUUUCAAUUUCCCCCCAGGUAAAGAAAGGUUUAGCUCUAACCGCUGUCUUUAUUCCAUGUUGUGUUGAUUUAGUAAUCGAUAAAUAUUGCGCUUGCUCUUCUUCCUCCUUUAUUCUUUGCCCCCUUCAAUUUCUUGUCGCACAACAAAGAAACUUAUCAACUUGGAAGCGAUGCGAUCUUUAAAAUCUGAGAAGACGUGACGUACAAAACUAAAACAUAAUACAAGGAAAUUCAAAUAAA